CGUGCGAGUGCGCAGCAAGCCUUAGGCGUCACUUCCGUUAUUGCCAAUAGCAAGGAUCAGCCAAUCACAAGCUGAUAUGUCAUCGGCCGGCGCCGGAAGAGUUUCCCUAGCGUUCGGCGGCUCGCUGGCUGCCAGUCGUGGAGUUCUGACUCGGCUUGGAGACACUUUUGUGCGUCUGCAGUGUCUGACCCCGCGGAUGGCGAGGGAUCUGAUUGGGCCGGCCCUGCCCCCCGGCUUCAAGGCCGGCGGGUCGGCGGAGGACGAGGAGCGGGACUCCAGCCCCGUUGCAGGACCGGCUUUGCCUCCUAAUUAUAAAAGCAGUAGUUCAGAAUCAUCAGACAGCGGCGAGGACAGUAGUUCUUUGUCUGAAGAAGGAAAUCAAGAAUCUGAAGAAGACGACACUGGUCCACCGGCACGAAAACUAAGGAGAAAUCAAGAUGACGAUGAUGAUGAUGAUGAUGAUGAAGGGUUUUUUGGACCAGCUCUUCCUCCUGGAUUUAAAAAGCAAGAUGAUUCUCCUCCACGGCCUAUGAUAGGUCCUGCACUACCACCUGGUUUCCUUAAGUCUCCACAGAAGAGUGACAAGGGCAGACGUGAUCCAGGACAAGUGUCAUCAUGUUUCAACUCUGAGAAGGAAAUGGGUAGCAGUGAGGAGGAAGACAUUGUUGGGCCGAUGCCUGCCAAAGGACCAGUUAACUCCAGUGUAACAGCGGAGUUUGAAAAGAGGGCCCAGAGAAUGAAAGAAAAACUGACCAAAGGAGAUGACGAUUCAUCUAAACCAAUUACGAGAGAAUCUUGGAUGACUGAACUUCCUCCAGAAAUGAAAGACUUUGGUCUUGGGCCCAGAACUUUCAAGAGAAGAGCUGAUGGCAAAUCUGGAGACCGAUCAGUCUGGACCGACACGCCAGCCGACAGGGAAAGGAAAGCUAAGGAGAUGCAAGAAGCAAGAAAGUCAUUCAGUAAGAAGGAUGAAGAGUAUAUACCAUCAGGAAGGGAUAAGAGAUUGGCUGAGCAAGUAUCCUCAUACAAUGAAUCAAAAAGGUCAGAAUCUCUUAUGGACAUUCAUCAUAAAAAAUUAAAGAAUAAGGCUGCCGAAGAUAAAAAUAAGCCCCAAGAGAGAAUACCAUUUGACCGUGAUACAGAUCUCAAAGUUCAUCGAUUUGAUGAAGCUCAGAAAAAAGCCUUGAUAAAGAAAUCUAGAGAACUAAACAGCAGGUUUUCACAUGGCAAAGGCAAUAUGUUUUUAUAAGAUCCUCCCACCCACCCUCACAAGUGCUCCAUAAGAUCUGCUCAGGCCGAUCCAGGGCGUCUCUCCCACAGCCCGAACCCACCAUCAGAUGUCACCAGCCUGCCCUGAGAGACUGAGUGGGAUCCUCCCAGUGAAUCCAUGAAUUUGAAGCUAUUUUGGUUUCCCUCUAAACUGCAGUCAGUGAACAGACAACAUUUACUUGAAAACAGAGGGUGUGAAGGUUUUUUCUAUUUUGUUAGCAGUUUGCUUGUUUGGGCUAUCAGAGCUUUUUCUUUGUGGUUUGGGUUUUUUGGUUGGUUGGUGUCACAAAGAGGGACCUGUGCAUUAUUUCAUGUGCUAAGGAAAAACCAUUUUGAUUUUUCCAACCUUAGUAAGUAAUCCUAGAGGAUGCCUUCAGAGGUCACACCAUUAACCUUUGAUGGUGUGAAGUCUGAGACCCAGGCUCUGUGUUCUUCACCAAAGCUUUGUAAGUCUUGAAACUGCUUUGGGAUGAUCUGACUUGGCCCAUUUUUAUAUGUAACAUGUUUUAGCUAAUUCAUUGUGGACAGAUCUCUGCAAUCAACCAUGAAUAACUUUUUUAAAAAAAAAUCAAACUCCUAUUCCCCAGAUAUAAAAAUGGAAGGAUUUCAAUGAUGGAGGAUGGUAAGUCUGUGAUGCUUCAAGCACUGCCUCUGAAGAUGUUAAACAGACAGUGCUCAACAGUUAGGCCUAAAUUCAAAUUCUGGAAGUUACACUUUCUUACAGAUUAAUCCCAAUUGUUCUGCUAGUUCUGUGUUCUAGUUUUGAUGCACAUGGUUUUAAUGGGAAAGAUUCUGAGUCCUAGUUCAUUUAGGCUUCAUGAAAAUUGAGUAAAUUGUUCAGUCAGAUUAUGGGCCAGAUUUUUCUUCUUAGACUUCUUAGACUAUACAAAUACAAUGAUACUUCCAUAAGAGUAACCCACUCAAGAGUGUUACUGUUUAAAAGAUGAAUUUUCUUCUCCUGAGCAAAUUGGAAAGGUUCCUAGUCUAAGCAGAAUUGAACAGAGCUGCCUUUUGAUUGAAGAUGUCAUUUUUAGUGGGUGAUAUUUUCUGAACACAAAACUUUGUAGAAAAGUAUCUGUUACUUUCACUGAUUUUGUUAUAAUGUUUUUUCUUCGGAUGAGAUGUUUUCUAGUUCCUCAUCCUCAUGUAAAUUCCUAAUAUAUAUAUUUUUUGAGAAGCUUUUGGCAUUUUUAAGAUAAAAAUGUGGUCUUUGAAUACUUAUUUUUGCUUUGCUUUCCUCACUGUAAAAUAGAGAGGGAUGUUCCUGUAGUAUUGACUGUUUCUCCCAUAAUGCUUGGAAUGUCUGUA